GGGUGUAGCAUUUUCCUUAUUAAAAAAUGUUUUUUCGUAAAAAAGAAGAAAAAAAACGAUUAUUUAUUUCUGCCCCAUAAAAAAAACCUCAUAUUCUGUAAAUAACAAUUUCAUCAUUGUCUCUUUCUCUCUCUUGCUCCCCUGCCUCUGCUUUUCUCUCUCCAAAAGCUGAUAAUGUAAACACACAAAACUCAAAUAAAUUUGGCAUUAAACUCUUGAAAACAUCAAAGAAAAACCUCCAUUUUUUCUGAACACAGAAAAAUAAAAUGGUUUCAACUAGCACUACCAUAGUGUUAAUUGGGCUCCUAAUUUCAGUGUUAGUGAGCUUAUCUUCAGCUGGUGAUGCCUUUGUUUACUAUGAUUUUGAAGUCUCAUACAUCACUGCUUCUCCAUUGGGUGUUCCUGAGCAGGUCAUUGCUAUUAAUGGUAAAUUUCCAGGACCUCCCAUCAAUGUCACUACUAACAACAAUGUAGUUGUUAAUGUGCACAACAAAUUGGAUGAAGAACUCUUAAUGACAUGGGCAGGAGUAUUUCAAAGGAGAACUCACUGGCAAGAUGGAGUAUUAGGAACUAAUUGCCCAAUUCCUCCUAAGUGGAAUUGGACUUACCAAUUCCAAGUUAAGGAUCAAAUUGGGAGUUUCUUUUACUUCCCUUCUCUCAAUUUCCAAAGAGCUUCUGGUGGUUAUGGUGGAAUUAUUAUCAACAAUCGUCCAGUUAUUGCGAUUCCUUUCGCCACGCCCGAGGCCGAUAUCAUCCUCAUGAUCGGAGAUUGGUACUCUAAGAGCCACUCGGAUUUGAGGAAAACCCUUAAUGGAGGCAAAUCUCUAGGAAUGCCAGAUGGUGUUCUUAUUAAUGGAAAAGGUCCUUACAAAUAUAAUAACAGUGUUCCUGAUGGCAUUGAUUAUGAAAUUAUAGAUGUUCAUCCAGGGAAAACAUACCGUCUUCGUGUACACAAUGUUGGAGUCUCAACUAGCUUGAACUUCAGAAUUCAGAGCCACAAUCUGCUUUUGGCAGAAGUUGAGGGAUCCUACACUGUGCAGCAAAAUUACACUAGCUUGGACAUUCAUGCGGGACAAUCUUACUCAUUUUUGCUAACAACUGAUCAAAAUGCCAGCUCUGAUUACUACAUAGUCGCCAGUGCUCGUAUGGUCAAUCAAACGACUUGGCAGAAAGUUACUGGUGUUGCAAUCUUGCGUUACUCAAAUUCCAAAGGAAAGGCACACGGCCCCCUCCCAGACCCUCCACAAGAUGAAAAUGACAAGACAUUCUCCAUGAACCAGGCCAGAUCAAUCAGGUGGAAUGUGUCUGCUAGUGGUGCCCGUCCUAACCCACAGGGUUCCUUUAGAUAUGGUGACAUAAAUGUGACUGAUGUUUUCCUCAUACAAAACAAGCCCCCUGUGAAGAUAGGUGGGAAAAAACGCACCGCACUUAAUGGGGUUUCAUUUGUCAAUCCUACCACACCAAUGAGGCUUGCUGAUAAGCACCAUUUGAAAGGCAUCUAUAAGAUGGACUUUCCCCACAAACCCUUGACAGGGGCCCCUCGCAUGGAAACAUCAAUUAUCAAUGGUACUUACAGGGGAUUUUUGGAGAUCAUCCUUCAAAACAAUGCGUCCAAGGUCCACACUUACCACCUUGAUGGAUACAACUUUUUCGUGGUUGGUAUGGAUUAUGGUGAGUGGUCGAAUAACAGUAGAGGAACAUACAACAAAUGGGAUGGAAUUGCUCGUACCACAGCACAGGUUUAUCCUGGGGCUUGGACUGCUAUUUUGGUUUCACUCGAUAAUGUCGGUGUUUGGAAUUUGAGAACUACAAACCUUGACUCAUGGUAUCUUGGACAAGAGACCUAUAUCAGGGUAGUCAAUCCAGAAACCGCAGGCAAUCCACAGUUGGCGUUGAAAACUGAGCUGCCUGCUCCUGACAAUGUCCUAUUCUGCGGUGCACUCAAGAAGUUGCAGAAGCCUCAAGAUAUCUCUUCUGCAGCCAUAAAUCCUAUCCAGCUCAUCUUUACGUUGUUGAUGAUAUGCGCGACCAUAUUUCAUUUCCAUUGAGGCAUUAUAACCCGGAUGGAUGUGAUUGUUUAGUUUUCGGGAGCAUGGUCUGUUGGUGAGAUUUGCUUCUAGAGUGUGCAUGUUUUCUUUUUUAGGUUUGUCAAUAUGGAUAUCCACAUUUCUUCGGCCCCCCCUUUUUUUAUAUCUUAGAUUUUUUUUAAUACUCUUAAUGCUCCCAGAGUCUCUGUAGUAGCCUAAUUCAUGAGAGUAAUCAUUCUUUCUAUUCCACGAUUUAUUUAUCAAAUGUAAUCAUGACUAUUUAUUUGUCUAAAUUUCCAUACUCAAUAGAGUUCUUCUCCUUGUCACCAA